UAAUUACGGAUGAGUAAUGGUCUGACUGUUAAUCGUGCGUUUUGAUUGGCUGAAGGAAUUGUCUGGAGGCGUUACCGGCGUGGCUGAGUGACAGCAAGAAGCUGGAAGUGUUAGACGUCAGUCAUAACUCCAUCAGAGAACUGCCCCAGUGGUUGUUCUGCAGUAGCAGUUUGAGGAAAGUCCUGGCAGGUCAUAACCGUCUGCAGCGUCUGCCUGAGCGAGUGGAGAAGCCUGUGGUCGAGGUUUUAGACGACCAGCUAGUUGAGCUGCCGUGCAACCUCUUCCUUAAAUCCAACAAUUUAAGGUGCCUAAAUGCCUCGGCCAAUAAGCUCGAGAGUCUGCCGCCCUCCAGCCUAUCAGACGAGAGCGACAGCAUCCUGCAGGAGCUCUACCUGACCAACAACCACCUGACUGACAAGUGUGUGCCUCUGCUCACCGGGCACACACACCUGAGAGUCCUGCACAUGGCCUACAAUCACCUGCAGACCUUCCCUGCCAGUAAAAUGGCGAAGCUGGAGGAGCUGGAGGAAGUGGACCUGAGCGGGAACAGGCUGAAGGCCGUGCCCACCACCAUCCUGAACUGCAGGCGCAUGCACACACUCAUCGCCCACUCCAACACCAUCGAGGUUUUCCCUGAGGUCAUGCAGCUCAUGGACAUGAAGUGUGUAGAUCUGAGCUGUAAUGAGUUGGUGGAGAUCACACUGCCUGAGAACCUGCCUCCUAAACUGCAGGAGUUAGACCUGACGGGGAACCCGCGGCUCAACCUGGACCACAAAACCCUGGAACAGCUCAACAACAUCCGCUGUUUCUGGAUAGACCCGCCCCCUACUUCCUUCUCAGCCAAUGAGGCUGCAGGUGGGCCGGCCGUCUGGAGUCACGGCUACACCGAGGCGUCGGGAGUGAAGAACAAACUGUGUGUGGCAGCUCUGUCAGUGAGCAGUUUCUGCGGCAGUAGAGAAGCUCUGUACGGGGUGUUUGAUGGAGACAGGAAUGUGGAGGUGCCGUAUCUCCUGCAGUGCACCAUGAACGACAUCCUGGCCGAGGAGCUGCACAGAACCAAGAGCGAGGAGGAUUACAUGACCAACACGUUCCUCGUCAUGCAGAGGUGA